AUUUUUCUUCAGUACGUUUUUUCAUUAGUCUUUUCUAUAAAAAUAUACCUAUUUUUUUCCCCUUUUCUUUUCAGUUUGGUUUGUUCACAUACCUUAAUUUUCUUGGUAAUUAUGGGGUUUGACAAGGAGAUUUUGGUUUCCUGAUUUUUCUUCUCCAUUUUGAAAUAUAGCAAGUGACCUUAAUGAACAAUGUCAUUGAUUUGAAUGAAGACUGGUUAGUGUUUCCUUCGACAUUUUCUUUGAAUGAGUAAUAAUGCAGCAUUGAAAAUCUCUUUCCUCCAUACCAGAAAGUAUGGUAGUGGUUAGGGUUGGUGACCUUGUUCAUCAAUCUUGUUUGUUAAUUCGCUCUCUAAGUGCCUUUUCCUUUCUUUUUUAGGGUGCAAUGACUAACAAUUAGGUACCUUUCAUAAUCAGUGGUCAGUUCAAUGCACCAGCACUUCAUAAUUGUCAUAUCAGGCAUCCCUUGUGAUAUAUAUUACAGAAGAGGGCACAAAUCAACGCCUGCCAAUUGAUUUCGGUUGUCCUAUUUGUGUUAACAUCAAUUUCAGAUCCUAUGUAGUAUUCCAUUUUUAGGAUCAAAGCUUGAAUUUUUUGCUAUUAGGAGAAAUAAAGUGCAGAAAAUACAGUAUAAAAAAUAGAAUAAGAGACUCCUAAGAAAGGAUUCAAUCACCUUGUACAUGUCCAUCUGAACCAAAAACCCAGCUGCAUAGCUUUGCAGUCCUUAAUGGACCUCUUCUGUAGAAGCUGCUACCUGUCUACAGGAUCUUUCUUCCAUGACAAGAGCAUUACACUGGGGAGUCUUAUAGGUGUUUCCAACAUACUAGAGCUCUCUAGAAAAUCAACAAGGGCAAGGAAAGUUGAAGUAGUUGAAGACAAGAAGAGCUGCAAAUCCAAAACAUGGAUUUUCUCUUUAUGUUCAAGAGACACUACUGAUGCCGAAGUUGUGAAUAAUACUCCAUCUCUUGGCCAUUUUCUUGCUGUGGAGAGAAGAGCAUCUAGUGAAUAUAGAAGGAAUCACGACCUUAUUCAUGGACCUCAUGAUGAGCUUGAACUUGCUCAGCCUGUUACGGAACCCAACUCACUAUUUGUUAAUGGCCAUGUUGCUCCUCCUAGACCAAGUCAAAGCUGCAGUGCCGAAGCUGAAAGGAGAGGAAAUGAAGAACUAGAGCACUGUGGUGAAUAUACAGUACCAGUUCUAUUUUCAUGCAUGUGUGGACAACCCUCUCUUUGAAUCACCUUCUACACACCAAAAAAAAAAAAAACAAAAAAAAUCCUUCUCCUGUUGUCACUAUUGAUGAUUGAAUUUCAUGUCCUAUGUAGAAAACUAAAAAGGAGCUUGUAAUUUUUAUUGGUUUCAGGCUAAAAGAAAUCAAUUUCACGUCUA